AGAGAGAGAGGAGGAUUAUAUAUCAGAAAAAACAAUUGAAAAGAAGAAAAAACUUUCCCUUUUACCAACGAAACAAAAGAGCUCAGAGAAUUACAAAAGUGUGAAUUUGGAAAACAUUUCCCACUCUCUCUUUCGCUAUAUCUCUCUCUCACUUCGAUUCACUUUUUUGCUCAAACUUGAACUUGUCCUAAUCUCACACAUCUCUCUGUCUUAGGGUUCUUCUCUUUUUCAAAUUGCAGAAGCUCUCCCAGUAACAUUGGUGGUGUUUCUUCCUUUACUCUCUUCUUCUUGACUCUGCUGGUUCAAAAGAUUCUUACUUUUUGAUGUCUAAGGCAUCUUAGAUUUGUUAGAUUCUCUUUAAUUUUUCUGGGUUUAGCUUAAUUUUCACUUGAGCCUCUUAGAUUAUGCCACCACUGCUUGUAGAUUAUUAGGGUUUUCUCGGGAAAGCUUUGAUUUUGGUGAUUCAUUCUCUUAAUUUCUUUAAUGGGUAUCAGUUCCAUGGCGAUUUCGAGUGAGUUUUGUGCUUCUCAUUUAUGUAUUUAGGUUUGUUCUACUUCUAUCUUACUGCACAUUAGUGGUUUCAUAGAGAAAUGCUUUAGCUUUAGGUGUUGGAAGAUCUCAUUGUACCAAAGUUCAGAUUUUUUUGUAUAGGAAUCCCUUACUUAAGUAACCCUUCUUUACUUAGUUUCUGGGCUGAGGUAGUGUGAAAUCGACAAGAAAAUAGCGUGUUGAUUACCCCUUCUGGCUAUCCUGGAGAUCUGGGAUUUGUUUCAUCUGUUAUGUCAGAUGAGGACUUUUUACCCAUCUGAUUCUUGUAAAGAACCACAGCUCAAUUCCUUGAAUCCACAAUCAUGGCUUCAAGUUGAGAGAGGGAAACUCUCUUCCUCUGCUUCUUCAUCUGCUCCACUGUGCAGAGAAUCAUUUAUCAAAGUUCCUGAACCGCAGAUACUGCCGCAUUAUAAACCUCUCGACUACGUAGAAGUUCUAGCUCAGAUUCACGAAGAGCUUGAGACUUGUCCUUUGCAGGAGAGAUCGAUUUUGUAUUUGUUGCAGUAUCAAGUGUUUAGAGGUCUUGGGGAGACCAAACUUAGACGGAGAAGCCUUCAAUCAGCUUGGCAAGAGGCUACAACUGUCCAUGAGAAAGUUGUGUUUGGGUCUUGGUUGAGGUAUGAGAAACAAGGAGAGGAAGUUAUCACCGAUCUGCUUUCCUCUUGUGGUAAAUAUUCCGAAGAAUUUGUGCCUCUGGAUAUUGCAUCUUAUUUCCCAGCCAUUACAGCUUCUUCCUCUGAGGCAGCAUCUGUGAAGACGAACCGCAGUGUCUCGAAAAAUGUUGUGUUUAAGAUAGGAGAAGAGAAGAUAUCUUGCCAAAGGCGAAAAAUUGCGAGUCUUUCAGCUCCAUUUAACGCAAUGCUUUACGGUAAUUUCACGGAAUCACUUCUCGAUGAGAUAGAUAUGUCAGAAAAUCAUGUAUCCUCAUCAGCUAUGCGGGUUGUUAGAGAUUUCAGUGUUGUGGGUGUAUUAAUCGGAGUUUCCAAAAACCUUCUUUUGGAAGUCUUAGUUUUCGCAAACAAGUUUUGCUGUGAGCAACUCAGAGAUGCAUGCGAUAGAGAAUUGGCAUCUCUGAUUUCUUCUAUUGAAUGUGCCAUUGAGCUUAUGGACUUUGCACUUGAAGAGAACUCCCCAAUCCUUGCUGCAUCGUGUCUGCAAGUUUUUCUUUAUGAGAUGCCAGAUAGUUUGACCGAUGAGCGUGUUGUCGAGGUUUUGACUCGGGUUACUAGAUCUCAAGUCUCAACCAUGGCAGGAAAAGCUUCAUUCUCCUUAUACUCUUUUUUAAGUGAAGUCUCGAUGUGUAUAGAUCUUCGGUCUGACAGAACAUUGGGUUUCUUGGAGAAAUUGGUUGACUUUGCAGAAAAUGACCGCCAGAAAGUUUUGGGGUUUCAUCGGUUAGGGUGUAUGAGGUUGUUGAGGAAAGAAUACCGCGAGGCAGAAGAAGCUUUUGAAACUGCUUUUAAUUUAGGCCAUGUGUAUUCGGCUACUGGUUUAGCAAGACUAGGAUACAUCCAAGGGCAUCGGCUUUGGGCUUAUGAGAAGCUAAGCUCGGUUAUCUCCUCUGUUUCACCGCCCCUCGGCUGGAUGUAUCAAGAAAGGUCUUUCUAUUGUGAGGGUGAUAAGAAAUUGGAAGAUCUUGGGAAGGCAACCGAAUUGGACCCGACUUUAACAUAUCCUUACAUGUAUAGAGCUGUCACUCUAAUGUCGAAACAAAAUGCUAAGGCUGCACUUGAAGAAAUCAAUCGGAUCUUAGGGUUUAAACUCGCGUUAGAAUGCUUGGAAAUCCGGUUUUGUCUUUAUCUUGGUAUGGAUGACUAUGAAGCAGCUCUUCGUGAUAUUCAGGCUGCCCUGACCUUGUGUCCGGAUUAUCGAAUGUUUGAUGGGAAAGUAGCUGGGAGGCAGCUCAGGACGCUUGUGUAUGAGCAUGUUGAGAAUUGGACAACAGCGGAUUGUUGGAUGCAGCUAUAUGAGAAAUGGUCGAAUGUUGAUGAUAUAGGUUCUCUUUCCGUGAUCUAUCAGAUGCUCGAAUCUGAUGCUUGCAAAGGUGUUCUUUAUUUCAGGCAAUCUUUGCUUCUCCUAAGGUUGAAUUGUCCAGAAGCAGCAAUGCGUAGUUUACAGUUAGCCCGCGAGCAUGCCUCGAGUGACCACGAGCGUCUGGUUUAUGAAGGAUGGAUCUUGUAUGAUACGGGUCACUGCGAAGAAGGGCUACAAAAGGCUAAGGAAUCCAUUAGAAUAAAGAGAUCAUUUGAAGCUUAUUUCCUUCAAGCUUAUGCCUUAGCGGAAUCUAGCCUCGAUCUAUCAAGUUCUUCAACUGUUGUUUCACUGCUUGAAGAUGCUCUUAAGUGCCCGUCUGAUAGGUUGCGCAAAGGCCAGGCUCUGAAUAAUCUGGGGAGUGUCUACGUGGAUUGCGAGAAGUUAGACUUAGCUGCGGAUUGCUAUAUAAAUGCUCUCAAGGUAAGACACACGCGUGCACAUCAAGGUCUAGCUCGUGUCCAUUUCCUUAGAAACGACAAAGCUGCAGCCUAUGAAGAAAUGACCAGACUAAUCGAAAAAGCUCAAAACAAUGCAUCUGCUUACGAGAAAAGAUCUGAGUAUUGUGAACGUGAACUCGCCAAAUCUGAUCUCGAAAUGGUCACCCGGUUAGACCCUCUGCGGGUUUAUCCUUAUCGAUAUCGUGCAGCAGUGUUGAUGGAUAGUCGGAAGGAGAGAGAGGCUAUAGCGGAGUUAUCACGAGCUAUCACCUUUAAAGCGGAUCUGCAUCUUCUGCACUUAAGAGCGGCAUUCCAUGAACACAUAGGAGAUGUGGGAAGUGCGUUGCGGGACUGUCGUGCAGCACUCUCGGUCGACCCUAACCAUCAGGAGAUGCUGGAACUCCAUAGCCGUGUGAAUAGCCAUGAACCCUGAACCGCAACCCAUACACAAGACUCAAGAGAGAUGAAAGUAAAGUGUGAAAAUCUGUAAAACUAAAAGGAACAUACAGUUGGAAUCUUGUAAUCUCCUUGUCACCCUUUUAUUCUUUUGUAUUUGUUGUUGUUUUCCUUAAAAUUCGAUUUUAUAUCAUCAACUCCUUUCAACGUAAA